GCUUUUUGGAUAUCCUGGGUUUGCGAUGGUGGAAAAACUUUACAUGUAGACUAGAAUAGAACUAAAAAAAAAAAAAAAGACACAAACAGUUCAUAAUAACUCGCGACAAUCCUGAUAAAUGUGUCAAACCCCAGCAAUUUGCACUGAAAUUUGUAGAAAAACGUUUUUCUUCCUUUAGUCUCGAUUAUGGAGCCCGCAUAUAUUCUUCUGGACCAGCCGUCGGUCGGGACGAGGGUCGGCGGGUCGGACGUGGACUACCGCCCGGGCCGCUCCGUGCUCAUGCUGGGGAAGAGCCGGCCCAUGCCGGCGCACACCCCCGGCUCUGUGCGCUGCUCGCUGGCCGGGGACGGCAGCUCUUCUGCGGCGGCGGCCAGAGGCGAGAGACCCCCGUGCAGGACGCACGCACUCUCCCUGGGAGACCCGAUACUGUACGACGUAGAAAAAACUGGCACUGGGGACCAAAAAGACACUGGUCUCACUGGGAUUCUGAAGAGGGCCAGUCCAACUCCCUGUCCAGGCAUAAAUGGGCAGUUGCCAGGCAGCUACACACAUUUGGACAUCAGAAACCCAGGGAAACUGGCCGACCUGGCAGGCAACUUCAGGACAGCACAAGGAAAGAACGUACCACAGGCAGAGAAACAACCCCUCCCUUCCUCCCACAUCCCCGUACCCAGAAACAGGAAGCCUUCAGGUCAUGCCGAUAAGGAAGUGAUGGCUGCCACUGUCCUGACAUCACUUUCCACAUCUCCUAUGGUGCUCAACCCUUCCCCUGCACCCACAGUCUCCGAGCCAGCCAGCAAAACGUGGAAAGAGGUUCUGUCUGCCAGUUACAGCAGCUCCACCAGUGGCAACUGGAGCUGGGAUGCCAGCGACCAAUCGGUGCCCUCCACACCAUCCCCGCCACUUUCCAACGACACCAGCAAGAACUUUCUGCUCUCAUCCCAGGGCGAUGAUGUCAGCGAGGAUGUCACGGAGAUCACGCACUUCAUGUUUGAGGACCCGAUACCCCGGAAGCGUAAGAACUCCAUAAAAGUGAUGUUUAAGUGCUUGUGGAAGAACUGUGAAAAGGUCCUCAGCACUUCCUCAGGGAUCCAGCGGCACAUCCGCACCGUCCACCUGGGGCGAAACAGUGACUCAGACUACAGCGAUGGAGAGGAGGACUUUUACUACUCAGAAAUUGAAGUGAACAUGGACAGCCUAACGGAGGGCUUGUCCAGCCUCACACCCACCUCCCCCACCACAGCCGGUCCUCCCCCCAUCUUCCCGCCACCGCUCCGCGAUGUCCCUCACUCCGAGCACAUCAGCAUGAAUGGUUCGCAGAGCCACGGCCCUUCACUGCUCAGCCAGUCGGCUCCCUCCACGCUCUGCCACAUCCGCACCGACCACGCCUACCAGGCCACCGCUCCAGUGAGUAUCCCAGUGGGUCCUGAGCUGGCUGGGAUAGGCAGUGGUAAUGGGAUCGGGCCUGGAACUGGGACUGGGAAUGGCAUCAGUGUGUCGUGGCAGUCUCCUCCUUACAUUUUUAAAGGCGUCCUGGGGCCCGUGACUCAUGUUCGUACGGUUAACAUCGGUGAAAAGCGGCAGCCGGCAGCCACCACACCGCCCACUGUUAACAAGACCCAUGCUUUAAUCAUGCCAGCCCCAAAAUCAGCACCAGGAUCCAGGAAACCACGUGGGGAGGCGAAGAAGUGCCGAAAGGUGUAUGGCAUGGAGAAGAGAGACAUGUGGUGCACAGCCUGUCGCUGGAAAAAAGCUUGCCAGAGAUUCACCGACUAAUCCAGUCCCCGUCCCUGGUCUGUGAGAUGAGCUCCCCCUCACUCGGAGCGAUGGCGAGGUGGACUCUUUCCCUGAGGAGAUGUGGGGCAGUUUCCCUCACGAUGGAGUUCACAGAGCUGCGCCCUCCAGGCCAGCGGGGGUGGGAAGGAGGGGGCUUUGCCGCCUCUCCUUUUUUUUUUCCAUUUCGAAACACAAUGACAAUAUAAAAUCUGGUGGGUUAAAGAAAACGCAAGAAAAAAAAUGACCUUAAGCAGGUUUGGAGACUUUUCUAAGACUACAGCAUUUUUCAUUCACAACAAAAUAAGGAACAAAAGAAGCAUUCAAAUUCGAUCCUGAACCUUCUGAUGAGAUCCUUUUUUGUUUUUCACUCGCUUCAACUCAAGACGAUGUUUGACGACUACAGAUAAGCUUUUCAAUAUACCCUGGUGUUCACUGCGAGCGAAUCAUGUAAGCUACUGUUUUUUGAUAUGGGUUGUAACUCUUUUUGAAGAAUCAAGGGUCAACAUCAGACGUGUGUGUGAAGACCUCUGUAGCAUCUCUGUUUCUCAUCGUCACUAUUUAAGGGACUACAUCACACCUACCAAACACAAAAAGCCUGUUCACAUUCAGCAAGGAGUUUUGGAGUAAGCUCUUCAAUCCCCGUCUCCUGCAGUCUUCUGGAAACUGACUGCAGGUCUGAAUGCACACUGUUCAAUAUCAAACAUUAUAGUUUGUUAAGCUAAUUUAGGACAUCCUGCUCACCUUCGUGCAGAUUUACAAAGCUGCACCAAACCCUCACACCAAGUGGUACAGAGAGUUUUCCUUCUGACGUUCCAAAAAUAGUUUUGAGAGUUUUACACAAUAUUUCAGAUAUAUUACCCUCUGUUUUUCUUUCCACUUUUUCACUAGAUAUGCACCUUGAAAAAUAAGUCAUCUUUUAGAGUAUCACUGUAACCCCAGGAUGCCUGAGAGAGUGAACGUCUCUUUCUUAUAUAGUUUAUUUUCAGCACCGAGUUGCUGAAGCAACUAGCAGUUGCAUUGUGCAAUCAGAGGAAUGGCAGCGUUUUUUGUUUUUUUUUCUUGCUUUGUGGUUGUCAUUGUGUCAUGAGUUGAGGCAGAAUGGCUCCUUUUUAUUUCUUCUCUCUUGACAGCUGAUGUUCUUAACCAGAUUGUUUUUACCACAAAUAUAUGUGAAUGAUAACUGCCCUAUGACAUUUUAACUCAACAGUCUGACUGAUAUUAAAAGUGUAUGUAGGAAACUAACUUAAGAGAUUGUAACCCAACAAUCACUACCUGACAAUAAGUCUCACAAAUAGAGAGGGUUUCUGAUUAGCAUUAACCAGCAGAACUAACUUCGCAGGCCCCAAUACUUUCAUUAUUCCUUUAAAUCAGUCUUUCACUCUGGUGCGACGUGAAAAUGAAUACGGAGAAUCGAAUCAAGCGCGAGCACAGUGUGGACGCUGGUGAUUGGAAACAUAGCUGUCCACACGGGAGUACCUGUAGCAUGGAUUUAAAAUGUUUUUCCCAAAACCCAGUCUUACUCUCAAGAGCUAGCUUGUUGUAGUAAAAGGAAGGCCGUGGUUUCCAAAUUGUAGAUAAACAACAUAUAUAAAUAUAUAUAUAUAUAUAAUAGAUUAUAGUUAACACUUUAAGCUUGUGAUAUAUCCCUUUAAAAGUUGUUUUUCCACAAUAUUGGCCUUCUUGAGGAAAGAGUUGAGAAUAAAAAAAAAUUAAUUUUGUUGCCCGUUAUGUGUACCUCUAUAUUGAUGGAGACAUAAAACGGUGAUAAAGAGAGAGAGACAUAAAUAAUAAUUUAAAAUCUAUGUUGUCUCCUCUUUAAAGGCUCCCAUAUUCAAAGUGUAUAUGUCUAAAGUGAAAGCACUUAUAAAUGGCGUUAUGACAUGAAUGGGCAACUUUGUAAUUAUUGCUUGUUGCAGAUAUUACGAUAAAUGUUAACAUGCAAGUCAGGAGUCCUUGAGAGAUCCACAGAAGAGUUUAAACUAUAUUUUACCCCCAUUAGUCGUGUAGUUGUUUAGUAGAAUUAACUUUAAUCAUGUUUUAACUUUAAAUGACUUGGACGGAAAGACAAUACUGACCUUUUUUUCCCCAAGAUGAUUCCCAGAAACCACAUACCCAGGUAGAAUUAAUUAUUUCCGAAGCCCAAAAUCUAAAAUGAUCCAUAACAGAAAAUUAGAAAAAAAAUAUAUAUAUAUACUGUAUAUGUGACAGGUUUUCAGAGAUGGAGUCAUGAGAGUUGAUGUAUUUCUUUGUAUAUUAGCAGCUUUCUCAUCACAGAUUCUGCAGCGUGUCCUCUGCUCUCGCAGCGUCUCAGACACUCGCCUGGCUGAAUCUCAGUAGCAGUGUACGACAAACACAAGAGUGCCUGUCUUCUCCUCUGUGAGCGAAUCGUAUGUGAGCAGGCUCCUUGACUGUACAGUACAACGUCAGACCUUUUGUCGCCAUAGAAACCCCUGUGCCUCCCUGGAGCGUCGCAGGGUGACAUGUGCUGCCUGCUGUCGGCCAAUAUCAUUAUUAUAGGUGACCAGUCAUCACUUCUCAGUGAAAUAUGAUGCGUUUAAGCCAGUGACUCCAAACACAUGUUGCUGUCAGAGUAGUUAAAGCUCUCUCACUGAGUUCCUGUUCAAAACCACCGUCAUGAUCUUCCCUGUUUAUUUCAGUGGCAUCCCAAAUAAGCUAGGUCAGAUGGCCUCUUCCAUCAGAAACUUUACCAACUUCACCAAGUGCCAAUGAAAAGAAAACAAAAAGGAAAAGGUAUGCUGACCUGAUAAAAUUGCACUACACUGCACUGCGCAAAGACAUGUUUUUGUACAUGGACAUUUUAUAUACACAAAUUUAUACGUGAAAGGGUAUUUUGUUUCAAGGGGGUGGGAAAGGGUGUCGUCACUGCCCGAUGGAAUAAAUGGGGUUUCAGGGAUAGGGGUCAAGAGCCUCUGGGGUUCCCCAUUAUUGGCAAGUGAUCAUAACAGUUAAUGUCUUGCUCUCAGUGUCAGAUGUCGUACUAAAUGCAAAGGGUGCUGGCAGUUUUGGGCGCUUUGUACCGGAGAUACAGUGUGGUACUCGGUGGCAGUCGAGUCACUUUGCCUUUCCUUGGAUGAGUGCCAAGGGCUGAAAGCGGUGCCAGCCUUGUUGCUGUGAUGGGAAAACACCAGUUUCAGUACAUAGCUUCAUGUUAUUGUCUUGUUAGCAGAACAUGCUUUACAGUGUUCUGUCGUCUGGAGAUUUUUUUUUUUUUUCCACAAUACUCACAUGCUUUUUAACCAUAAAGCUCAGCUUUGUGCUUGUUUCUACUUAAAGGUGUCUGAUUCUUAACAUUUUACAGAGCUGAGAUUCGACAUGCCUAAAAACUGUUAUUAGUGCUGGAUACCACUUUUAAUUUGGUCAUUGCUAGUGUUUAGUGCCACCCUUCAGGUCUCUCCUAUCCUCAUUUCAUGCACCAGCAGGGCCAGAGAGCAGAGCUCCGGCUGGCCGACGGUGGGAUUCUCACGUAAAGCCAACCGGCCCCGUGUCCCUCAGAAACUCUUCCACCUUUUUUCCAAUUUGCACUAAACUGGACGGUGACGAUCAGGCCGGAUCAGUCGGAGCUCUGGUCAGAUUGUAGAAAGGAGACCUUUUUUGGUUUGUUUUGCAAAAAUAUCUUUGCAAUUCAAAACUUUUACCUGCGAAAUGAUGGAUGGAGACUGACUCUGUUGAUGGGUGUGCACGACACUCAGUGGCAAAGUGGGAACUCGCCAUGUCGUGAUAAUCUAGACUGAUCUGCAGUUUCAGGGCUUUCUUGUACAUAAGGCAAGAUAAAGAGAUCCGGGAGGCGUCUUGAUAUUUGUUGUCUGUCUGUUGUCAUAUCUCUGUAAUAUGAAAAGGAAACUUUUUUUUUUUUACAUUACAGUCACUCAAAUAUUUUUUCUUUCAUUUUUAAAGUCAAUUGAGAAGCUAUAGUGAACCGAUUCAAUGUAUAUUGUAGCUUAGAGGCAAAGGAGAGGAAAAGACAACGUGUUGAAUGUAAAACUUAUAAAAAAACGUCUUUUUUUUUGUUUUGUUUUUAUUUGCAGUAGUUGCUGGCUGGUUUGUACGGCCUGCUGUGAACCUGUAGUGCAUCCUGACUUUGGUAUCCAAAUACAUCCACAGAUGGCCGUCGCUACACUGCUGAAUCAUACAGAAUAACAACCAUGCAGUAUUGCUUUACUAUCUUACAUUGUGCAAUGAAACGCUUUACAAUGGAACAAGAACUCGCUUGCUUGUUAGUGUCACUUGGGAUGCUCGUUCACACUGCAGCUGUUUGUCCUUCACCCUGCCAAAUAGUCAUUUCUUUUGAGCAUGUUCAGUUAUUGUCAUGGAUGUUGCUUGUGGUUGUGACAUUAACUCGCAGGAUAGCUUUCAACCUUUGGUCACUGUGGAACUCUUUACCUUGUGGGAAUCUUUAUCCUGCCAUCCACAUUCCAGCAGACUGCAUGCCUUUCAGUGUCUUCCACUUGCUUCCUCUUCGCCAAAGGGAGUCUUCUCCCUCUGCAGUUCCUGUUCCUGUGCUAUCUGGCUUUACUGUGGUCCCACCCAAGCCUUUACCCAGUAUAUUAAGCUAAACUAAACCCUUUAAAUGUGCAUAAAAAAACGCCUUUUUUUUCAUAUGUCAAAAUGGAUGUGCUGCUUUCUUGAAUGUCAAGUUUCAUUUGUGCAUAAAACAGCAGCAGCAAAGCCAAUAGAUCUCCAUCCAAAUCAAAUUGUAUGCAUUGCAAUGGCAGCUCCACUCUUCUCCUGUGCUUGUAUUGUCUGUCCAAGCAUUUACUCUGUCACUUUCCUUAUUUCCAUUUCUCUGCUGUUGGGUUUUUACUGAGCCUUAAACUGGCUGGUGUGAAAACCACCCUCCUUUUUUCCCCUUCUAUUGAUUGACUGUUUGGUUGAUUUGAGGUUGUUUUGCAUGUCUAGCAUCGCUCAUUUUUAUUUUCUUCUUUUGUUUCUUCUUCUUUUAUUAUUUGUUUCUUUUUUUUUAAUAGGAGAUACAACACUGAAGGGUUUUAUGUGUUAGAUUUCCCCUCUCAGUAUCCAGUAACUCAAGGCUGAUGUUAGUUCUUUUCCUCUUAAUGUAAGAAUGCUCUUUGCUAAAAGCGUUUUUUUGUGGGAAGCGUGACGUCAGCCUUGGGUCUUUGCUGGAGGGCAAAGAUUUCUCCUGUGUGUGGGCUCAGCGGCUGAUCUUCAUCAGCAGGCCCACACGCACGGAGAAAGCACUUUCCGAGGAGUGGUGCACUCAAGGAGUAUUUGUGUGAAUGUCAAGAUUUUGACUAGUGUUUGAAAAGAUGGAUGACCAUGUAAGAUGCUGAUAAUGUGAUCUAUGUGAUGUAACGUGACAGAAAGAAAAUAAAACUGAAUGGAAAAAA